GCCGGCGUGUGCUGCGCAUGAAUGAAAUACAAACAAUGGGCACACACAACUCAUUUAAGUUACCUGUUCCUCCGCGCGUGGCUGAACUACUACAAGACAUUGAUAAGAUGACGAGCAACACAGAUUAUCACGGAGAGUUGAGUUACGGAAUGCCACCGAUCGAAGAGCAGUUGUCGGCCGGAGCGCGACAUUUCGAGUUGGACAUCGCAUAUGACCCUACUGGGAGUCUGUACAGCGAUCCAGGCGGUCUGCGGUUGCCCGAUUUGGGUGUAUUGGCCGACAUCAUCCAUACAGGUCGACAUGUGGUGGAGAAGGUCAAGGACGGAAUUGUGCAUGCAGCCAAUAAGGUGGGCAAUUUCUUCUCUGGACUAUUCGGGCGCGCUAUGACAAUUCAGACGUGUCCCGAGACCCAUCCCUACUCGUAUCUGAGCGGCGAAAGUUGCUGUGCUUCCCGACGCGAGCGCAUAAGUUCAGAGGAUGGCCCAAUCUGUGACGGCGGUGCUUUACGCUAUUCGUCCUCAUGCUGUUGGAAUGAUAACUACGUCUCAUGUCCCUUCAACAAGUGCGAGGACACCACAACAUCCACACCAGGUGACAACGCGAUUGGAUGGAAAGUCAUGCACAUCUCGGAUAUCGACUUCGAAGGCCAUUGCACAACACUUGUGGGAUGUCUGAACAUCUUUAAGAAAUGGAGCGACACACACCCAAGACAUCUCCCCAUGGCGCUGCUUCUAAAUAUAGCGAACAAUGACUUGACUGAGGGUAUUGAGGCCAAGUUAACUACUCCCGUGUACGACUUCCUGUCAUCUAUCAAUUUGCUGCCAUUCACGAAAGUCCCGGCUGCCACACGGCCCUUGCUUAUAUCGAUUGAAGAGGAGGUGCUGUCUGUAUUCAACAAGGAGCAUAUUAUUACACCUGACGAAGUAAGGGGCAAUAAAACCACACUCGAGGAGUCUGUACUCAGCGGAACGGGUUGGCCUAAAGUCGAGGAUAGUCUGGGCAAAGUGUUCUUUGUGUUGGACUCGGAUGCACCAGUGACUGAAGCAUACCUAACCGGCAAUGAGAAUCUUGAGGAUCGACUCAUGUUUGUCAACACAUAUCCUGGAAGCAAGACGGCGGCCACUCUGGUUAUGAAUGACCCAUACGAUCCCAACAUCGAUGACUUUGUGCUGAAGGGGUACUAUGUUCGUACUAGAUCCGAUAUUCGUCCUGUGCCGGUCGAUGCGUUUGAGAGAGCCGAAGCCGCUAUGAGGAGUGGCGCACAACUAAUAUCUACCGACUUUAUCCGGAUGAAAGAUGUUGCCGAGGGACGUACAGCCGAGGAGUACUCUACAAAUCUACUGGGUGACAGUCACCCCCAUGCAAAGGUCUCACCCAAACCGCAGCCACAGGUGUACGGGUACUCGUACUACUACAGCGUCACGCACGUCCACGACGGCUACAUGCAUGCGUAUAGUGUGCAAGGGAAGGGCGUGGGUGUUAAACAACAGCGGAGAGAUGCAGUACAGAAGGAAGGGAUGCAUGCAGAUAAGAUACACAAUGAGCUGGCACCUGUGGCGCGCAGACAGACACCCCCACAAGAUAAUAACUUGGAGAACUACUCGGUUAGGUUUGACCCUACGUGCAAUCCUUUGCUGGUGAAAGGCCCGUGCCCGUUGUUCCAGGACGGUGGCUGGACGGAAUGGUCCGACUGGGGUCAAUGUACAUGUGAUCAUUUCCCGAAUGGUCUGAAGCAAGAUCGUUUGCGCACGCGCACCUGUUCUGCACCUGCACCUCUGAACGGAGGACUAGAUUGCACGGGUGUGGACCAGGACUACGAAGACUGUGGCACCCCAUGCCCCUCGGCAAGUCCAUCAGCACCAGCACCGGUACUGGCCACGGCUACAGAAGCUGAUGCGAAUGCAAACAGUGGCGAAACAGAUAUUGCUGAGGCGACUGAGGUGGAUGAUGGAUCAAAUAUGGGAUUAAUUAUCGGCGCAGUUGUCGCUUCAGUGCUAUUGUGUAUGUGCUGCAUGCUGGUGUUGGCAUUGCUAUUCGUUAGACGCCGUAAGCAGCGCCAGGCCGAGAAAGAGAAAUUGGACAACACAUCUGGUAUGUAA